CAUAAAGGCUGCUGCUGUAACCUUGUUGUGUUGUUUUCAGAUGUGAGUGUUUAAUGUGAGUUUAAAGUGUUUAACUGUUGGGCUUUCCAGCCAUGAGCAGAUUCAUCCUGCCGGUUUCCGUGUUCGGUACGGUGGCCGGAAGCGCCGUUUUGAUCAAGAACCGUGUGACUGGGGGCCGCUGUCCCAGCAAGGCUGGGAUUAAAGGGAAAACCGUCGUGAUAACUGGCGCGAACACGGGCAUCGGGAAGGAGACGGCGAGAGAACUGGCCAACAGAGGGGGUCGGAUCAUUAUGGGAUGCCGCGACAUGGCGAAAUGUGAAGAGGCAGCGAAGGAGAUCCGAGGGAAGACGCUGAACCCGCAUGUUUAUGCGCGGCGGCUGGACCUGGCCUCCAUGAGCUCCAUCCGAGAGUUCGCAGAGAGAAUCAAUCAAGAGGAGAAGAGCGUGGACAUCUUGAUCAACAACGCCGGAGUCAUGCGGUGUCCGGAGGGGAAGACGGAGGACGGCUUCGACAUGCAGCUGGGAGUGAACCAUUUAGGCCACUUCUUGUUGACGAACCUCCUGCUGGAGAAGCUGAGAGACUCCGCCCCCAGUCGUGUGAUCAACCUGGCCUCGCUCGCCCACAUCGUUGGAAAGAUCGACUUCGACGACCUGAACUGGGAGAGGAAGAAAUUCGACACGAAGCAGGCGUACUGUCAGAGCAAACUGGCCAAUGUUCUGUUCACCAGGGAACUCGCCAAGCGGCUCGAAGGCACCGGAGUGACGGUGAACGCCGUGCACCCUGGGGUCGUCGCCACGGACCUCGGCAGACACACCGGCCUGCACCAGUCGCAGUUCUCCACCACCGUUCUCAGCCCGUUCUUCUCCUUGCUGGUGAAGAGUCCGGAGCUUGGCGCCCAGCCCAGCGUGUUUCUGGCCGUGGCAGAGGAAAUGGCGGGCGUGACGGGUCGCUACUACGACGUGAUGACGGAGAAGGAGCCGGCGCCGCAGGCGCUGGACGACGCGGCGGCGCGGCGGCUGUGGGAGGUCAGCAGCAGGCUGGUGGGCCUGCAGGCCGACACGCUGCUUCCAGCCACAGCCGGACCCACAGAACCAGAACCAGCUGGAAAUUAGCUUCACUUUGAACAAGAGGGUACAAGAUAUGACUCCAGGGCCGGUUUGUGACCAUUGGAUUCAUUUUCUGUGGCACUUCAAGAUCUAAACUUUUUCUUUUAGUCUUUUAUAAUAUUAAAUUUGUCCACAAUUAACCAAAGAUUUUACUCAAGUAAAAGUAAAACUACUUGAAAAGCGGUAUUUAAAGUUACCCCUUUAAAUAAAAAGGCAGAAAGUUUAAUUAAAGAUGUUUAAAAUAAUCACUUUUGUCAGAGACUGUUCUUCUGUGCUGGAGUUUCUGUUAAAGAAAGUUGGCCUGCAGCGCCCCCUGUCUGCCAAACAGUUGCAUGCUGCUGCCUAAAAUAAAUGACAUGAAGCUUCAGCUGAAGAAAACUGGCAAUUAAUUUCAUCAAUUUUUUUACUCACAAAUAUACUUUUUUAUUAUGUUCACUUUUUGGUACAGUUUUUAUUUAAAAACUUGAUCUACGUUUAUUUGCAACAAAAAACUGAAUGUUGCAAGUCACUGAAUAUUUUUAACUUAUUCUAAUGUUUGUAAUGUCUAUACUCCUGGACAUUGUAUUACAUAUUCUGUUUCUUGUUUUUCUAAGAAAAGGCAUGUUUCUAAUAAAA